GAGAGUGGUAUACCACAGGCUUCCCCCAUUCAAACAGAGGGCAGGGCAGAGAGAGAGGGAGAAGAUGGCAGGUUUUGAGGCGAAUGGUUCAAAGUCUCCUGAAAACCUGCAAUCCUCCAUCGAAGUCUCUCGAACCGAUGAUUACAAUGACUGCCCGAUUGAGGAGGUGCGCCUCACUGUUUCGACCGAGGACGACCCGUCGCUGCCCGCCUUGACGUUCAGGACAUGGGUCCUUGGACUAUUCUCUUGCGUUGCCCUGGCCUUCGUGAACCAAUUCUUCGGCUACCGUUCGAACCAGAUCUACAUCUCCUCAGUUGCGGUACAGAUUGUGGCGCUUCCCGUAGGAAAACUGAUGGCUGCGACGCUCCCUUCGAGGCAGAUCCAGGUCCCCUUCACGAAAUGGUCCUUCUCGUUGAACCCGGGACCUUUCAAUCUGAAAGAACAUGUCCUGAUCACCAUAUUCGCGAACUCGGGGGCGGGCGGAGUCUAUGCAGUGCACAUAGUCACGAUGGUCAAGGCUUUCUAUCACAAGGGUCUCCAUAUCAUCGCGGCCUUCAUGCUGUCACAGACUACUCAGAUGCUUGGGUAUGGCUGGGCCGGCUUGUUCAGAAAAUACCUGGUGGACUCUCCCUACAUGUGGUGGCCCUCAAACCUCGUACAGGUCUCGCUCUUCAGCGCUUUGCAUGAGAAGGAAAAGAGACCCAAGGGAGGACAUACAAGGCUCCAAUUCUUCAUAAUGAUCUUCAUAGCAAGCUUUGGUUAUUAUCUGAUUCCAGCCUACUUUGUCCCUUCGAUAUCUGCCAUCUCCAUUGUUUGCUUGAUAUGGACGAAGUCGAUCACGGCCCAGCAAAUCGGCUCCGGCCUCCACGGCCUCGGCUUGGGCUCGUUCGGCCUCGACUGGUCCACGGUCGCCGGAUUCUUGGGCAGCCCCUUGGCCUACCCAGGCUUCGCCAUCGUCAACGUCCUUGUCGGUUUCUUCUUGAUGGUCUAUGUUGCUCUCCCCAUCCUGUAUUGGACCAAUACAUACGAAGCCAAACGGUUCCCCAUCGUAUCCUCCCAUACUUUCGACUCGACCGGCGACAACUACAACAUUACUCGGAUCCUCAAUGCCCAGACUUUCGACAUCGACAUGGAGGCCUAUAAUGGUUAUAGCAAACUUUACCUGAGCGUCAUGUUUGCCGUCACUUAUGGGUUGAGCUUCGCAACCUUGUCAGCUACGAUUUCGCAUGUCGCCCUUUUCCACGGAAAAACGAUAGUGAAGAUGUGGAAGAAGACAACAGAAACAUUGCAUGGUCAAUUUGGAGAUGUGCACACAAGGAUCAUGAAGGAGAACUAUGAAGCCGUGCCUCAGUGGUGGUUUCACAUAAUCUUGGUCGCAAUGGUGGCGCUCGCUCUGUGGGCGUGCGAAGGUUUCAACCACCAGCUCCAGUUGCCGUGGUGGGGAGUUCUGCUCGCGUGCGCGAUGGCAUUUUUCUUCACUUUACCUAUUGGGAUCAUCGCCGCCACGACAAACACGGCGCCGGGGUUGAACGUGAUCACGGAGUUGGUCAUAGGGUAUAUGUAUCCGGGGAAGCCUCUCGCUAAUGUAGCAUUCAAGACGUACGGGUACAUCAGCAUGACCCAAGCUCUCACGUUUCUGUCGGACUUCAAGUUAGGUCACUACAUGAAGGUCCCUCCCAAAUCAAUGUUCGUCGUUCAGUUGGUGGGGACUCUUGUUGCGUCAAGUGUGUACUUCUCGACGGCAUGGUGGCUUCUCAGCAGCAUAGACAACAUUUGCAACACAGACCUCCUACCGGAGGGAAGCCCUUGGACAUGCCCUGGAGACGAUGUCUUCUACAACGCUUCCAUCAUCUGGGGAGUGGUCGGGCCGCUCCGAAUGUUCGGACCGCUCGGGAUCUACCCGGAGAUGAACUGGUUCUUCCUUGUCGGAUUCCUUGCUCCGGUGCCCUUCUGGUACCUGUCGCGAAAAUUCCCCAACCAGAAGUGGAUCCAGUACAUAAACCUGCCAAUCAUCCUAGGAGCUACACAGAGCAUGCCACCAGCAAAAGCCGUGCACUAUCUGACUUGGGGUGCGGUUGGGAUGUUCUUCAACUUCUACAUCUACAAAAGGUUCAAGGGGUGGUGGGCUCGGUACAACUACAUCCUAUCUGCUGGUCUGGAUGCCGGCGUCGCCUUCCUGGGAGUGCUGCUCUAUUUCUCCCUCCAACAGCAAGAUAUUAGCGGCCCGCAAUGGUGGGGACUUAUGAACGACGAUCAUUGCCCGUUGGCUUCUUGCCCUACAGCCCCUGGAGUCGUGAAGAAGGGCUGUCCGCUCAUAAGAUAAUGUCCGGGUGGGGAAUGCUAUGUAAAUGUUUUAAAGACUGUCAAUGUUCCCUCGGGUGAUGAUGAUGAUGAUGAUGAUGAUGAUGAUGUCCAUAUUUAGGGUUCGGGAAGCCAAACAUGUUGGAGAAGAUGGAACAGCUCUAGUUGACAAACAUUUGCUCGUUGGGGAACCUCGAAACUGAUUGUAAAUUUGACAUCAAAUUUCGCAUUUAAGGCUUGGUCAAAAGACCUAUUUACACAA